UUCUUCCUUCAGUAAACCUCUGAACAGUGUGAGCUACAGUUGGCACACCCUUAAACUCGUGUUAAAUAGAUUUUCUACCCAAGAGAAAGACAGUAAGCGAGGAUGGCGUCUCGACACUCGGAAAGUUCUCAAUCCUCCCGGACAUUCGGCUCCAGGGCAGGGAAUAGCAGGAGACCCACAGACGACUUCUGGGACUUUGAUCUUCCUAUUUCACGCAAAGGACGAUUCUUUGAUGAUUCCUUCUUUGAAAGCAGCCGGUUUGAUUUUGACAAGAAAGUGAAUGAAAUUCUCAAAGGUUGGGGAGAAGAUGAGCGGCGAAGCGACCGCUGGGAUGAUGGUGAUGAUGAUUUCCGUCCAAGCAAGAAUUUCAGUCGAUACAGGAAUCUGAGAUCUCAAGACCUGAAGGACGACAACCAGGCCUUAACUGUUACUUCAGACGACACCGCCCACAAGAUCGUGCUGGAUGUACAGGACUUUGUGAACGGUGAGAUGAAGGUGAAGGUGAUUGGCGAACGCGAGCUGGCAGUGGAGGGUCGCCUGAGCGACAACCGAUCCUUCCGGCGUUGCUUCCCUCUUCCACAAAACACUGACAUGGAGGCCGUCACCUCAGUCAUGUCUGCUGACGGGAUUCUCACAAUCACCGCCCCCCAAAAGGGAAGUAAGUCAAAAGACACUACAGCCAACAAGGGUUCAGCAACAAGUCAGGCGAACACCAAAGAGCGUUGCACAUUGUCCAGUGAGUCCCGCAGGGAAGGGGAGGAGGGCGGCAGGCACGCCGACGCCGCCUCCAGAACAAAUGACAGCAAGACCGCUCGCUCUCAUCAGACGUCCACCAGUUCCGGCUUCCGCGACGUGCCCUUCAUGAAGCGGGGACGAUUCUUUGAUGACUCCUUUUUCGAGAGCAGCCGCUUUGACUUUGACAAAAAAGUGAAUGAAAUCCUUGCUCGAUUGGGUGAGAAGGAGCGACUUGACCGUUGGGAUGACGACUCUGAUUUCCAGUUAAACAACUUUAACCGCUACAAGAACCUGAGGGCUCGAGACUUAAGGGACGACAACCAGGCCAUUACUGUUACUUCGGACGACACCACCCAUAAGAUCGUGUUGGAUGUGCAUGAGUUUGUGAACGGUGAGAUGAAGGUGAAGGUGAUCGGCGAACGCGAGCUGGCAGUGGAGGGUCGCCUGGACGACAACCGAUCCUUCCGGCGUUGCUUCCCUCUUCCACAAAACACUGACAUGGAGGCCGUCGCCUCAGUCAUGUCUGCCGAUGGUAUUCUCACAAUCACCGCUCCACAAAAGGGAAGUCAAAUAAAUAAAGAAAGAAUCAGUACACAGUCUGCUCAGGCGAACUCUGGGGGCAGCAGUAAUAUCGUGAAGGAUUCGUCAUCUACAACACAGAAGACAACACUGACCUCAUCCGCUGAUACCAAGCAGAGAGAGGCGCAGCAACAUGUGUCCCAGGGAGCCACGACGAAGACCCUUGAAGAAGACGUUACUAGUGGUUCAUCAAGCGUGUCGGGAGAGGCCCAGCAAUCAGCACAGUCGUCCAUUUCCUCCCAGACAGAAACAAGCGCGGUGUGCAAUGCAACGCAAACAAAUGACGCUGCCAAUAAAGUGCACGAGAAAUCGAUAGAAAAAGGCAGUCACAACAAGAGUAUCUCCACGCAGACAAGUGGCAGCUGCGACACGAUGAGCGAGGACCAGCACCGUCGAAGAGCAACUCUGCCUAUCGCCAGAAAAGGUCAGUUCUUCAACGACUCCUAUUUCGAAGAUACAUGGAAGAACUAUCAGGACGCUGUGAGGGCCAUUGUGUCGAAAUGGGAUGAUGAUUCUGCUGCUGCCACGGACGACAUGACCUGCUACAGGAGACUGCGAUCACGUGACAUGAGAGACGAGAACCAAGCUAUCACCUCUACUGAGGACUCAUCCAGCUACAAGUUCGUGCUGGACGUCCAAGACUUCAUUGAAGGUGGAAACAUCUCGGUGAAUGUGGUGGACGAGAUGGAGCUGGUGGUGGAGGGCCAGGCGGACAAGGAGGUGGGAGGCUCUAAAUCUUUAAAUCACUUCCUGCGAAGAUUCAUCUUGCCGGAAGACGUAGACGUAGACUCUGUCUCUUCUGUGAUGUCGUCCGACGGCGUGUUGACAAUCAUUGCUCCCAAGAAGAGCUCGAUGCGGCAGCUUGGUGACAUAAGCGUGGCAGAGGGACUGUGCCAGUCCAGCCAUCAAGAGAAAAAGCUGUCCCAACGGGCAGCUCAAGCAUCCACAGCCACUGCUUCCGUGUCGGCAACAGAGGACGUGGUUAUUCCGGUCCAUUUCGGGGCUUCAGCUGACACCACCAGCAAAGCGAGUUUUGAAAAGACUCAGCUUGGAAUGACAUCGGAGAAAAAUGAAAAUUUAAAUGAUGACAACGAUUGCAAAAAGAAUACAGCCACUAAAGAUUGCACCUUCGCCGACGAGGUGGAAGGCGUGCACAGACGCUUGGAGGAGGAAGGCGAGGAGGAUGAGUCCAAGAGUGGCAUGGCGGCCCUACGCAGACUGUUGGAGGAAGACGAGACCUACAUCAAGAACAAGAACAGAACUGUGCCUAUAAACAACAAGGGAAUAUUUUAUGGAGACACAUGUUUCAGUCACUUGCUGGAAGGCUUCCUCUCCGCCGUGAAGGAUAUCUUGUCCAAAUUCCGCGUGCCCUCCUCUGAAGGAGAAGACCUUGCCGCCUACCGUGGACUCCGGCAGCGAGACCUAAAACUGGAAAAUCAAGCUGCUUAUGUUGACGAAGACACGUCCGCUCACACGAUCGCUCUCGAUGUCUAUGACUUUCUGGAAGGGAAGUUGACGGCAGAGGUGAAGGACGGCCGCGAGUUGAUCGUGAGGGGCAUGUCCCAGCGACGUGAAGGCGCCUCACUCAUUACCCUCACCUGCGUACGGCCUUUCCAGCUGCCAGACAACGCCGACCUGAAGAACAUCACUGCUUUUCUAACUUCCGAUGGAGUCUUAAUCAUCAACGUUCCAAGGCUGCAGCUACCAUAUGACUUGCCAGACUUUGGCAUAACAAAGGCUGUGGAAAACCGCUCCAAACUGAACACUCCUCGUGACCCUUGCCAGCGUGUGUCAUCGGAACGAGGCGUGAGGGAGGCGUCCAGUGACCUUGAUGGUGUGACGUACCGCAUCUCACCCCAUUAAGGACUGGCACAUUGUGCCUUGCUGUAGAUUAGAGAUCACAGACCAGACGCUCCAUUAACAGUUUAUUAUAAAUAUGGACGCCACCAAGCCAUACUUCCCUUUAUCAGUUUUACUAGUAUACUACGUUUUAAGUAAUUUUUACUGAUUGUGAAAAAAGUAUUUAUUUUCAUAGACUACAUACAAAUGAAAAAAAAAAAGGACCCUCGGGUGGCGUUCCUGGACGUCUAGAAAGGCAAAAAACACAAGAUGCUUCCUCUCCAGGGACGCGGCCCUCCGCCACUCACUCAACAUUCCUUGCGGCCACUCGCGGUGACGGGCCGGCCACUCAGCACCGCCAGGGCGGCACGAUCCUGCUUUUGUUUUCCUCUCAUUAGUUAUUCUGGCCAUUAGUGAAUGGCAAUACUUGUCUAUUGUUACAAAAAUCACUUAAUAUGGCUACUGUGAAUUUUUUUACUGCUAUGAGUACAUAUGCUAUAAUUUUUUUUAUAACCCUUAUGUGAUAUGAAGAUUUAACGUUCGGAAAUUUGCUGUGACUGGAGAUGAUGGUAGAGUUAUCUCUGAGUAGCCUUGGAGGCACAGAUUACAUGUCGUUAAUCUCGAUUCUGAUUAUAAAGAGGACAAUAUAAUUAAUGGCACAAUGAAUGAUUAACAUAAUUAAGCAGACAAUGAUAUACAUAACAAGCUUGUGAAGAAAUAUGUGACAACACUAUAAACAGUGUUAUCCAUUGAUAAAUCCAUUUCUGUUGAAUAAAAAAUAAAAAAAACG